CGGUCUAGGGGCGGGGCCGCGCGCCUGUUGGGGCGGGGCGGGCGCCGGGGGCGGUCUCUGCGGGGCGCUCUGUGUGGCCGCGGCCAUGAAGCCGCAGCCGCCGGGCUAGGCCCCGGGCGGCUCCAGCCCAGGCUGGCCCGCAGAAAGCUGGGCCCUGUUCCUGGCCCGGCAUCCGGGCCGGCGGGUGGCCCCUCACCAUGCCUGGCAAGCACCAACACUUCCAGGAACCCGAGGUCGGCUGCUGCGGGAAAUACUUCCUGUUUGGCUUCAACAUUGUCUUCUGGGUGCUGGGAGGCCUAUUCCUAGCCAUCGGCCUGUGGGCUUGGAGUGAGAAGGGUGUUCUCUCCAACAUCUCGGCGCUGACAGAUCUGGGAGGCCUUGACCCUGUGUGGCUGUUUGUGGUGGUUGGAGGCAUCAUGUCAGUGUUGGGCUUUGCUGGUUGUAUUGGUGCCCUCCGGGAGAACACAUUCCUGCUUAAGUUUUUCUCUGUGUUCCUUGGCCUCAUCUUCUUCCUGGAGCUGGCGACAGGGAUCCUGGCCUUCGUCUUCAAGGACUGGAUUCGAGACCAGCUGAACCUCUUCAUCAACAACAAUGUCAAGGCUUACCGGGAUGACAUUGACCUCCAGAACCUCAUUGACUUUGCUCAGGAAUAUUGGUCUUGCUGUGGAGCCCGCGGGCCCAAUGACUGGAACCUCAAUAUCUACUUCAACUGCACUGACUUGAACCCCAGUCGGGAGCGCUGUGGGGUGCCCUUCUCCUGCUGUGUCAGGGACCCUGCGGAAGAUGUCCUCAAUACCCAGUGUGGCUAUGAUGUACGGCUCAAACUGGAGCUGGAGCAGCAGGGCUUCAUCCACACCAAAGGCUGCGUGGGCCAGUUUGAGAAGUGGCUGCAGGACAACCUGAUUGUUGUGGCUGGUGUCUUCGUGGGCAUCGCCCUACUUCAGAUCUUUGGCAUCUGCCUGGCCCAGAACCUUGUGAGUGACAUCAAGGCAGUGAAGGCCAACUGGAUCAAACAUGAUGAUGGCUACAAACUGCUCAAAUAAACAAAACUUUGAAAACUACUGGCUUGUGCCCACCACCUUGAAGGUUCAGUCAGCUGUGAGGCCUCAGCCAGGGCCUCACAGAGCCCUCCAGCCAGGCCCGCUGGCCCAGACCCAUUCACUCAGCAAAGCUUCUUUGGCCCAGGUAGUUCAAACGUUUGAGACAACCUUUAAAAAAAUGGGCAUAUUUCACAUAAAAAUCCAGAUGCCCUGCUUCUAUUGAAGAAUUACCAUCUGGCCACACCAGCUCUUCAGUGGCAUUGUCACCUGGGACAUAAGCUUCUAUGAUCACUGAGGCCCCAUUUUGCCUGUUGUCACCUAAGUGCCCCGCCUGAUCUCCAUGGGCUGGGAGUUGGCCUCUCUCCACCUCUGGAUUAUCGCCUGCAAGUCCCAGCCUGCUGUGGCCAAGACAAGUGAGGUACGGGGAUAUGAAGAAUGGGAAGACUGGCCCUCAUCCUGAAGAGGUGCUGGCCACAGAGGGCAUCUGGCCCUGCUGGGAACUGAGGUGGGUUCCUGAAGGCCCAGGAAGCGGGCUGGGAGGUGGGUAGGAAUCAGGCUGCAAAUGAAGUCGCUGGAAUCCCAAGGUGUAGCAUCUAGCAGGUUGGAAGGAACCUGUUUGGGGUCACAGAUUAUGAUUCUUAGCAGCGAUGGCAAACCUUUUAGAACUUUCAGUGAUAACAAAUAUCCUAGGUUCGCUGCCACUGGUUCUUGGGUGAUGAUGGAAUCAAGUUCACAAAUCUUAUGGCCUGCAGACCGGUCUCGUGGUCACCAGAGGGCGCACCAAGACAGCGUUUCCUGGUUUUGGACGUUUUCCUUCCAAUCUCACCCCAACAGAAUAAGGUCUGCUCUUCCGAUCUCUUCACAUUCUGCUGAAUUUGAAAACUUGUAAAGGAGCAAAAUAGCUCAGGCCUGGGAAGUUUGUUUCCCAGCUCUGCCCCAUCACAGUUAUAUUUUGAAGGGGUUUGUGGAGUGGCCCUGCCUCACCUCUCCUCGGGCCUGUGGAAGACUGGAGGGAGCGGCCUAAUUCAGAGGUCUCGGCUCAGAUUUCCUCAGGGCCCAGCACGUUUUUGCUGAAUGAGGUUGGCCUUUGACAGCUGAGGCCCACUUCUCUUUGAUAACCACAGUGGGUGGUGACGGACACGAACUUCUCUUUGACAACCACAGUGGAUGGGGACUGGACACAAAAGUAGCUGGUACUGUCCAAUUGGUCGCAGGCUGGGAGGACAGUGCGGUGUGGCAGGCACUAUGUGGUGGGUGGUUUUGACAUGCUACAAUAAAUGCAGCUCCAAAUGCA